CGGGUUUUCUCGGCUUUGAGCUCAGUUUUUACCACAUUACGCCAGCCGCGCAGCGCAGCCGGAGGCUAUUUUAGAGCUCCUACAAACGCGCCAGCCCGCCGCGUUUCUCUUAGCCGAUCCGCGCCGGCCGCCGAGCAGGUCAAGCCUCAAGCAGCAUGCUCGCCUCAAGCCUCCGGCGGGCCCCCCGCGCGACAGCGACGCGGUCGCUGUCGGCCGUCGUCGGCGCCGUCGACGCCCACGAGGCGAGCGCGUCGUCCCUACGAACCGGAGAGUACGGCCUCGGCGGCCGCCACUCCGUGAGCGGCGUGCGAGCGAGCUUAUUUGGAGCGACGGGAUUUUUAGGAAGAUACGUCUGCUCGGAGAUGGGCAAGGUCGGCACGAGGGUCCGCGUGGGCAACCGCGGGAGUGAUGAUGAGACGCGGCACUUGAAGGUGUCCUUUGAUCACGGUCAAUUCCACGCGCCCUUUUAUUCUCCCAGAGACGCGGCGUCGGUCCAGGACGUCAUCGGGAGAGCUACGUGUACCGUGAACAUGGUCGGCAAGUACUACGAGACGAAGGGCGUGGUGCCCACGAAAAAACCCGAUGGAAGUAAAAGCAGGGUCAACUACUCGUAUGAAGAAACAAAUGUGGACGUCGCGCGGACGAUUGCGAAGGCGGCGCGCGAGGCGGGCUGCGAACAUUUUAUUCAUGUCUCCUGUGCCGCGCAAUCACCCGAUAGCCCCGUAGCCUGGGCAAGGGCCAAAGCCAAAGGCGAGCAAGCGGUCUUGGAGGAGUUCCCGAACGCCACGAUCGUCCGGCCCUGCGCGUUGUUCGGGCCCGAAGAUAGGUUAUUGAACUGGUUUGCUACGGUGGCGAACAUGCCCCUCCAAGUGGUGCCACUAGUGGAUGACGGCCGGGCGGUCGUGCAACCGACGUACGUCGCGGACGUCGCGAAGGUCAUCAACAAGAUCGCGACCGAGCCAUCGCAGUACCAGGGGAAGGUCGUGGAGCUAGGCGGGCCGGCCGAGUACACGCGGAGGGAGCUCGCCGAGUUCACGUUCGACAUCACGAAGCAGAAGGCGAAAUUGAUCGACGUGCCGGCGUCGAUGGCGUCGGCGGCGGCGUCCUUCGUGGACGUGCUGCCCGUGCCGUUGUGGGUGCCCGACGACGUGGAACUGGAUCGGCUGGACGUCGUCUGCUCCGGUGGGGAGGGCGUGCUGACCUUCGCGGACUUUGGCAUGGCGCCGACGCCCAUCGAGAAGGUCGCCUUCUCGUACCUGCACCGCUACCGCGAGGGCGGCCACUUUAUUAUCGCUCAGGGUUACCACGGUUAGUUUGUUUCGUGGCGCUUGUGCGUAAGAUUGCUUAUAUAU